GAACGCGGAAGGAGAGGAUAAACUUUUAACUUUGAGAAUCACGUGAAAUAAAGAUUUUCAUGCCUCAGAACUGAACUACAAUAACAAUUUCAUCAUGGGCCUGUGUAGAAGACUGUCCCACUGUAAACUGGCUCUGGCCUUUGCUGUGUUUAUGGAUUUAGUGGGUGGAGCUGCCCUGCUGGUGGGAGUCUUUGCCCCCAUGGAGAUGAAAGGUCAAGACUUUGGAGACUUGCUGGUCUAUACCGGGGCCCUGUUCGUGCUGAUGUCGCUGGGCGGAUGGGUGCUGUGGUACAGCGGAAACAUCGAUGGCCUGAAGUCCAGGAAGGAGCUGGGACACAUCAGCAGCGCCGUCGACCGGCUGGCUCUCAACCUCAGCCGCAAGAUCCGCACCUACCGAGGCCACCACUAAGAAUCCUAAAAGUAGUCUGGUGAUGUGUGUUUUUCAGUAUUAAUGUUAGACAUAAAACAUUCAGUGUUACAGAAGCGUCUCAGAAACAUUUGAUUGGAGAUUGAAACCUGCUGCUCUGUUACAUCCUGUCAUCAUGCUGUUUUUAUCAUAAUUAGUUUUUUUAUUUUGUUUUCGAUGUCUGUAUCAUUCAGUGAAGCUGUGGUCUCAGAUUUCAAUUAAAGCAUUUUUAUACAUU